GCAGGAGUACCGCUUUAACAGGAAAAAUCAACUUGUUAGUUUUCAAAAAUGGGAUGCAAUCAAAGCAUAUGAUUAUGGUAUAGAUUUGAAUUCCAGCUGGUGAGAAGUGGAUAUGAAGAGCAUUUGAACUCGCUGAUGGUUUCGCUAUUGUCAUUUGUUGAAUCAAAAUGCAUUAUGAGGUGCUUGACCCAUCGGUUUGUCUAAAGCAAAAGAGGUUCAAUCAAUAAGGCCGUGCUUUAUAUUUUCUCUUAUCUUGACCUAUUUCUUGUAUUUAUAUUGCCAUCGUCGCCCUGUUAUUGUUUUUUUCAUUGGUAGCUGGUAUGAAAAAUGCAAUAUUGCUAUUUCAAAUCUCAACCUGUUGUUUCUAAUUCGGAUAAUGGGUCUUUACUUUCAGAAGAAGGACCACAACCUCAACCAUUUGAACCUCUUGAAUUAUUUAAUAAAAUUCUUCGUGUCGAUUCGAACGUUCAUGAAAAUACAGAUAACUUCACAAGUCCUAUAUUUGACAAUUCUAUAACUGGAAAAAAAAAGGCUUUGAUAGUUGCUGUUAGUACAGACGAAUUACUUAGUCCUGAAAAUGAUUCCGAAAUUCUUUUACGUUUACUAGAAUGGGGUUUUGACACUGAUAAUAUCAGAUUCCUUGGUACUAAUAUAUCCAAUGGUAAUGAAUAUGGUAAUGAAUAUGGUAAUGAAUAUGGUAAUCCCACCAGAAAAAACAUUUUAGAAGCAAUGAAAUGGUUAGUUGAGGAUCCGAAAGAAGGUGAUUCUUUUUUUUUUCAUUACUCAGGAAAAGGUCUACCUGAGUUUUCAAUUAGACCAUCUGACUAUGAUACAAAUGGUACUUUGAAAAGUAAUGAUAUAUUUAAUACAAUGGUAAAAGACUUACCAGAGAAAUGUAAAUUGACUGCCAUUUUUGAUUGUUGUUUUUCUGGUGGAAUGUUAGGCCUACCGUAUGUCUUGGUUGAAAAAAAUUAUACUAUAUUCAAACUUUUACCCCAAAAAUCUACAUUCAAGUUUGUUCCAAAUACAGUUUGCUAUAAUCAAAAAAAAAGGCCCUUAAAACCAAAAGCAAAUGUCAUUAUGCUAGCAGCAUGUACUUCUAAUCAGAAGUCUAUCGAUAAAUUGGUUAAAGAAAGACUUUACGGGCAUUUAACUGUAAAAUUUGCAAAUUUGGUCUUUUCUAAACGAGAAAUAACCCUAGCUGAAUUAUUAAAUUUUCUAAGACAAAAUGAAAAUAAUCAAUUUCCUCAAAUCUUUUGUUCUCAUAAAGUUAAUACUAAAAACCUAUUUAAGAUUUGAUCGUUUUUACAAUUUAUAAAAUACUUAUACUAUAUUUUUUUCACUUAGUCUUUUUCCUUUUUCCUUUUUCCUUUUUGUGGUU